AAAUAGCUUAAAGAGAAGACAUCAAAGUAGUUUCUAAAAAUGAAACUAUUUUAUGUAAUUUUUGUGUUACUAGGUUUGUGCUGUUAUGCUCAGGCUGUAUUAAAAACCUGUUAUUGCGAGCCUGGCCCUGUAGGACCAACUGGUCCCAAAGGUAAUACAGGACCCAGAGGUGAUACCGGCAAUAAGGGUAAUAAAGGUGUACAGGGACCACAAGGACCCACUGGUCCUCAAGGUUUUAAAGGUGAACCUGGACCACAAGGCCCAAGAGGUCGUAGUGUAGGUUUAAGAGGUCAUGCUGGUCCUAGAGGUCCUGCUGGAAGUUGUACACCCUGUCCUAAUCGCAUAAAACGUAGCGCACGUUCUUACGAACCAAAUAGAUUGUACAUGUUGACAAAGGAACGUAAAUUAAUAGCCGUCGAUAAAAUACAACCCACAGCAGAAUUACUAGAACUUGUGGAACAUCUUAAAAGCACGGAUAAAUUAAGAGAUUAUGGAGAUGACGAUAAUGUAUUGAAUUUAUGAAAAAAACAGAAAGGUUAAUAAAUUUGUUUUGCAAUUUAAUGA